AUGUUCUUUAUACUGUUUUUGAUAUUCUUAAGCAAUGUCUUGAUUCACAUAUCGGCGGGACAUUGUUUUACAUUUAAGAAUUGCUAUAUUUUACUUAUGCUUUAUAUUAAAAUAGGGGUUGAGAAACUGAUUUAA